UAAAAAGUUGAUUUACUUGAAUUGAAAUAAAAAACGUGGAGAAAGACAGAGAACCUCAUCUUGUUUUUAUUUUAACUCGUGUAUCUAGCCCUUGAAUAAAAUCGGCUUCGUGUACCAACGAAAAGUUUCUGAACUCUGUGUUUUAUCAGUUUCAAUUUCAGUGUAAUCUUGUUCUAGUUUCACCUACUGCAAAAAUGUCUAUGAAUGGACUAAGUUUUAUUCAGAGAUACUGCCAGCUACCAUGUAUAGUGAAAUGCUGCAAGUGGGAUGUUUCUGAAUUUAUUUUGAGUCAAGCGAAUCAGUAUGCUGUCCUUAUUCUUAACAGACCUAUUGUACAAAGUUUGGAAUUCAUGACUCAUUUUUGGAAUAAUGCCAUAGUAAGAAUAACAGUGGAUGGUGGAACAACACAAUGGUACAAAUAUCUCAGCAAUAUGCCGUCAGAUUUACAAAAGUCUAUGAAGAUUCCUGACCUGGUCACUGGAGACUUUGACUCAAUAUUACCUGAUAUCAAGGAGCAUUUUACAAAGAAAGGUUGUAAGAUAGUAUACACUCCAGAUCAAAACUACACAGAUUUUACAAAGGCUCUGAUGGAAUUAAAUUCACAUAUUGCACAAGAAAAUUUAGAGAUAAGUCAUGUUAUCGUCAUCGCUCAAACUUCAGGAAGAAUAGAUCACAUACUAGGUAACAUACAAGCGUUAUUCCUAGUGAGAGAGAAAAAUAUCCUAAGCCCAGAAAUUAAAGUAUAUAUUAUGUCAGACGACUCUAUAUCUUGGCUUCUAUGUCCUGGGAAUCAUAUAAUAAGCAUUCCCGAGAAUGUAAGGCAGCAUAAAAGAGCUUGGUGUUCUUUAGUGCCAGUCGGAGAAGCAUGUCAAAGUGUCACCUCCAGUGGGCUAAAAUGGAAUUUAGAUAAUCAACCGUUAAGAUUCGGGGACCUAGUUAGUACAUCAAAUACAUUUGACGGAUCGGAAGUUGUUAAAAUAAAAUGCAGCCACCCAUUACUGUGGUCUAUGAGAGUUCCUAGUCUUUUAAGUAGUACAAAUUCGUGAGCUUACUCGAUUGAUAAAUGAAUCGUGUCGGUUAGUUGUUAUUUUUAUACAUUUUUGUUUUAAUACAAGUUCUAAUUGGUUUAUACGUAUGUUUUGUAAAUAUUUGUAAGAAUAUUAAUUAGAUAUUAUACCAUGUUUUUAUUACAUUGGAAAUCCAAAUCAUGUUAACUGAGCUGGCCAUGAGUGACUGUUUUCCAUAUUGAAAUAUCUAUAAUACUACAAAUUGCAUUUCAAAAAUCAUUUGUUUAAUUUUUAUAAGUAUCUUAUUUUUGUUUUGAUUUUAUUAUCUAUCUUAUAUAGCAAACAUUUAUAUAUAUUCACGUCUAUCCCUCACGGGGUUGACAGACCCGACAGUUUCGAAAAGGUUGAAAGGUUACGUUCAGAUGUUUGGCUUAAUGAUACCGUAUAUAAUGAGUUGUUUUCUUAUUCCAUGUAUCUUUGUCAUAGUCCAUCUACAGAUCUGUAAACAUGUACUGUGUAAAGUUCAACUUAAUUGACUGGUAUUACUUCGCAUAGCGAAAAUAUAUUUUUUGCUUCGCAAGUUAUUUGGUGAUUUGCUGAAUUUGUUAAACUCUUUCACAUAAUUUUAUCUAACGUAUAAUAUUACUGUUUACUCAUUGUAAUUAGAUACUUAAAGACUUCCAAGGUUAAUUAGUACUUCUAUCUGUGUAAUGUUGCCCAUAUGCUAACAGUAUACGACAUUGUAAGUAAUGCACUUUUAAAAGUAUGCAAUGACAAUUUUGUGGCUGUAAUUUGGGCUGCGUUGCUUUUUCUAGUCUAAAUGUAUAAAAGAUGACACUGAUUGACUAACAUAUCAACGCAUAGCCCAACCUGCUGGAUCAGAGACUUUAAUAAUUUGGCAUGUAGGUUCCGUUUGUGGGUUCAGGGGUGCACGAAGAGAGGAUUUUCCGAAAUAGCCGCGGGAACGGAAAUAAAUAAUAAUAAAGGUGUCUAAAUAGUUGAGCCAACGCAUAUUUUCUUUAUUUUCGAUUCAUCAUGAACUUCCCGGCGUGUGACCUCCUUAGAACAGAGCCACCAAUUACCAGGAUCCAGGAAUGGGUAAGUUUAUUAUACAAAGCGACUCCCGUCCCGUCCGAAGAACAUGACUCUGUGAUAUCGAUUUAUUGCUUUUUUAGCUUUAACUAGCUGUUAGAGGGACGGGAGAAGUAAUUUUUAAGUAGUACUUAUUCAUAUGGAAGCAAAAAUUUUCGCGUGAUACGAGUAUAUACAAACAGGCAGACAGAAGUUGUAAAAAUCACAUUUUCUGUUCAUAAAUAUCGAUUUUUGGCAAUAUCUUUCAAGUACAGACUUCGGUCUUUUACAAUUUUAUUUUACGUACAUAUAUAUGGUACAUAUGUAUGGAUAUGAAUUUCUACUGAUUUUCUUUCACUUGACAUAAAUUUAUAGCUGUAUCAAUACCACUUCACUUAUCUAUCGUUGUAACGGAAUGCGAAUCCCUAUUAUAAGUCCCUGUACUUAUAAAUUAAAUGAUUAACAAUAUGUCAUGUAUUAUAAUACAUAAUUAAUUUCUACAAAGAUAAAGUUAAACAAUUGCAAUAUAAAACAUGAAUUAUUAACGAUUUGUUUACCUAAGGAAAUGUGGUCGAUUUUACAGUUGUACUUUAGAUAUACAACUAUAUGUGUAUUUAUUUAUCUUAAAAAUUUAUGGUGCAAAUAAUCACAUAAUGCAUAGUGACAUUGAAUUGGUUGGCA